AUGUUCCACCUGUUAAGCAACUUGAAAACAACCUACAAGAAACAUGCGAAGGAAUACAAUGUACCUUUCUUUACUGCAGCAACUGCGUACACAGAAAAGAAACUUGAAUAUCAUAUGAAGGAACUUGACUACUUGGAUAAGAGAAUAAUACCUUAUUUGCAGAAAACUGGAUAUCAUAGAUGGUCAAGAUUCUACUCCAAAAACAAAAGGUACUCAGUAAUGACUUCCAAUAUUGCUGAGUCACUUAAUGUAGCCACUAUGGCAGCUCGAGAAGUACUUGUCACAACACUUUUGGAGUGUUUGUGUGGAUUACUCCAAGAUUGGACAUACACUAAUAGGGAACUAGCUAAAAAAACAAUGACAAGAUUAACACUAGCUGCAGAACAAGCACUCACCAACGACUUCGUAUACUCUUUGAGAUUAAAUGUAAAGCCAGCAAAUCAAUAUCCGUUUGAGGAGACUUCUUUCAAAGUUCAUGUUGACUAG